AUGCAAAGACCAGCUACCAAAUUUAAUAAAGAAAAACUUCUUAUUAAUAAGGCUAAAUUAGAUGAAAUUCUUAAACAAAGAAAUAUGGUUAUUCAAUCAUAUGAAAUUUAUGGUGGUAUUGCUGGUUUAUAUGAUAUGGGACCUCUUGGAUGUGCUUUAAAACAAAAUAUACUUCAAUUUUGGAGAAAACAUUUUACUACAUAUGAAAAUUUCUUUGAAGUUGAAGGACCAAUUUUAACACCAAAAUGUGUUUUAGCAGCAUCAGGACAUACUGCUAAAUUCAGUGAUUAUAUGGUUAAAGAUUUAAAAAAUGGAUGUUGCUAUAGAGCUGAUCAUUUACUUAAAACAUUCUAUGAAAAUAAAAUGGAAGACCCAGCUACUUCUGCAGAACAAAAAGCUACUUAUGAUGCUGAAAUGAAACUUGUAGAUAAUUUAACUCCUGAAGAACUUUCUGCUGCUAUUCAAAGAAAUGGAAUUAAAGCACCAGAUACAGGUAAUGAUCUUUCAGAACCAUUAGCUUUUAAUUUAAUGUUUGCAACUGAUAUUGGACCAGCUGGAGAUCUUAAAGCCUUUUUAAGACCAGAAACAGCACAAGGAAUAUUUACUAUGUUUAAAAGAAAUCUUGAAUUUAAUGGAGGAAAAGUACCAUUUGGUGUAACUCAAAUUGGUAAUGUUUUUAGAAAUGAAAUUGCUCCAAGAAAUGGUUUAUUACGUGUUCGUGAAUUUACACUUGCAGAAAUUGAAUAUUUUGUCUUACCAGAUAAAAAGACUCAUUCUAAUUUCUCUGAUGUUGAAAAUCUUUCUGUUCAAUUAUAUCCAAGAGAACUUCAACUUGAAGAUAAAGAAGCUGAAUAUAUUACUCUUGGUAAAGCUGUUAAUGACGGAAUUAUUAAUUCACAAUUAUUAGCCUAUUUUAUGGGAAGAACAUUUAAAUUCUUAAUUGAACUUGGAAUUCCAGCUGAGCAUAUUAGAUUUAGACAACACUUAAAAACAGAAAUGGCACAUUAUGCUAAAGAUUGUUGGGAUGCUGAAAUUAGAUUAUCAUAUGGUUGGGUUGAAUGUGUUGGUCAUGCUGAUAGAGGAGAUUUUGAUUUAUCUAAUCAUGCUCGUUGCUCUAAGGUUGAUCAGUCUGUAUUCAUUGCUUACGAUGAACCAAAAGAAGUUAAAGAUGUUACUCUUUCUUUCAAUAAAGGAGUUAUGGGAAAGAAAUAUAAGAAAGACUCUCAAAAAUUAUUUGCUUAUGCAUCUGGUUUAGAUGAAGCUGCUAAAGAAGCAGUUGCCAAAGAAGUUGAAGAAACUGGAAUGUGGAAAGUUACUGUUGAUGGUAUUAACUUUGAAAUUGAAAAAGCUAAUAUCACUAUUAAAAUUGGAACAAAGAAAGUAUAUGGUGAUAAUAUUAUUCCAAAUGUUAUUGAACCAUCUUUUGGUGUUGGACGUGUAUUAACUGCUGUUCUUGAACACUCAUUCUGGGUUAGAGAAGAUAAUGAAGCUAAAUCUGUUUUAUCAAUUCCUGCUUCUAUUGCUCCAGUCAAAGUUGGUUUAUUCCCACUCUUAACUAAACUAGAAUUUAACAAUAAAAUCGCAGAAAUUGAAAAGAUUUGUAAGAAUGGUUUCCUUUCAUUCAAAUCUAAUACUACUGCUGUUGCUAUUGGUAAGAAAUAUGCUCAAGCUGAUGAAGCUGGUAUUCCAUUUGAUGUUACAGUUGAUUAUACUUCUCUCUCUGAUAAUACUGUCACUCUUAGAGACAGAGAUACUACAAAACAAAUUAGAAUUCCAAUUGACAAGUUAGUUGAAACAGUGCAUGCCCUUACUCAACUUCAUCCAACUACAACUUUUGAGAAACUUAUGACAAUUUAUCCAGUAGAAGAAGUCAAAGAAAAUUAA